UCUGCUCCGUGAAGCAUAAGAAGUAAGAAUGCCCUGACUUCUGCGGAGGCUCCAUCGACGUAAAUGCUGUGUGGCCACUUCAGACGCCAGAUUGACCAUAAAUCGGCUAUUAGGAGACAGUCACCAUGUGGAUCUCUCUGUGUCUGAUCAGCUCUUUCCUUCAUAUCACUGCAGGCUGCACUCUGCUAGUCACUAACUAUGGUGAGAUCACUGUCUACUCAGGCCAGUCGCUUCUCCUGCCCUGUUCAUGUACUGAACCCCACGCUAGACCUCACCGCAUCACAUGGACUAAAUUCAACGGUGAACAGCAGCCUGGGAUAUUAAUCAAGCCCUCACAGGAUUCUCUCUACAGAGACAGAGUGGAGAUGUUUAAUAACACCUCUCCUGGGAACCUCUCUGUCCUCCUCUCACACAUCACUGAGGACGAUGCUGGGUUGUACAGGUGCCAAAGCAGCAGUAAUACAUACAGUGACAUCAAACUCAUUGUUAAAGGCUGCACUCUGUCAGUCCCUCAAUCAACGGAGGUCAAUGGAUCCCCAGGCCAGUCUGUUCUCCUGCCCUGCUCCUGUAGUGAAACCCAGGCUAAACCUCCCAGCUUCACAUGGACUAAACUUGGAUAUCAACAGAAACCUGCGAUAAUAUUAACACAGAGUGAUCUCUACCGAGGCAGAGUGGAGAUGUUUAAUAACACCUCUCCUGGGAACCUCUCUGUCCUCCUCUCAGAACUCACGGAGGACGAUCAGGGGUGGUACAGGUGUGGAAUCAGUAAGACUCAAAUGAGAGACGUCAAAAUUGUUAUUCAAAGGAAACACCAACCCCUCACAACCACUACCACCAAACUCCCACCACUAACUCAACCAAAAGGACUAGACACCACAACAUUCCUAGUACCAACAACGUCACCUAAAGGUGCAGACACAGUGGGGACUUCAGGAGAAGCUCCAUCUGCUUCCCCUCUACAAAACAAUCCAAUCCAAUACAUUUUACUAGCUGUUCUACCAGUCAUACUGAUGAUCGCUGGAGUGGCUUUGUACAUAUACAAGAGAAACAAAGGAAAGAAUAACACAGGGGAGAAAAGUAGUGGGAGUAAAACAGGAGGAGAGAAAAAGUCUCCUAUGAUGAUUCCUCCGCUGUAUUCCACGGUGGCAUACAGAAACACUGGUUUAGGCGACAAGACAACAGCACCAGAUGAUCCCUCUGUAUUGUAUGCUACGGUUCAAGAACACAGAAACACCAACCAAGAAGAGACAACAACACCACUCAGUGCUCCAGAGGAUCCCUCAGUGACAUACUCCACUAUCGUCCACAUGACAGGAAAAGGGAAAGCAGCAGUGAGUCUGGAGAGCUGUGGAGAAACAGAGUACUCCAGUAUCAAGACAGGCAGAUUCUCCUAGAGCCUCUAUACAGUAGAUCUACAACCAUCUCACAGCCUUUUACUGCAGAGAGAUCUCAUAUUGUGCACAGUAUCAUGAGGUCUUAUCUGGCACACAGGAAUAUAAAUAUAUUUCACUGUUUCGUGGUUAUCUGUGCACAGGAAAUCAGAUGUUAACCGACAACCAACAUAACAAAGUACCAGAGAUACAGGCAAGAUUAUUGGUGAAGCAAUAAGAUACCAUGUUUGUUUUUGCGUAGCUGAGACAACCAAAGCACCUUAUAUGGCUUAAGGUUCAGCCAGUUCUCUUUUUAGAUCGUUGUUGUGCAUUUAUUUUUAAAUCUGUGAACUUUUUGAAAAGGAGACGGAUGAUGUCAGACAUGUUUGUGAAAACGAAGAUGUGAUGUGUCAAAGCAUAAAAACAGAUUUCAUAAUCAGUAUUGCAAGAGCUUGCUUGGGUGGCUAUUAAAACUGAUAUCAUCCAUCUUAAUUUAUAUACUGCACUUCUUAUUUGUCUGCCUGGUACACCCUGAGCAUUUCAUCAUUCUUGAAGUUGACAAAAUAAAAAAAGGAUACUAAUGUU